AUGUCGGGGUCCCCAGGGGAGCUGUCGGAGCCGGGGCGGGCGCUGCUGCGGGAGCUGCUGAGGGAGCACCGGCGCCUGCAGGACCUCACCCUCCAGCUGCAGGAGAAGCACCACCGCGUCUCCCUGGAGCUGGCAGAGCUGCAGGACAAGGCCACCUCGGCCGAGACCAAGGUGCUGGAGAUGGAGACGACGGUGGAGGGGCUGCAGUGGGACAGUGCCAAGCUCCGCAAGCGCGAGGGACGCCUGGACCGCCACCUCGCCGAGGCCCUCGAGCAGGUGGCCCUGCGCUCGCUGCCGGAGGAAGCGGUGAAGGAGACCCUGGAGUACAAGGUGCUGCAGUCCCAGUUCUCCCUCCUCUACCACGAGAGCCUCCAGGUGAAGACCCAACUGGACGAGGCCCGCGCCCUCCUCCUGGCCACGAAGAACAGCCACCUGCGUCACAUCGAGCACAUGGAGAGCGAUGAGCUGGGGGUGCAGAAGCGGCUGCGGACGGAGGUGAUCCAGCUGGAGGACACCCUGGCCCAGGUGCGCAAGGAGUACGAGAUGCUGCGCAUCGAGUUCGAGCAGAACCUGGCGGCCAACGAGCAGGCGGGUGAGGACACGUCCCCUCCCCCUGGCCAUGUCCCCAACACAGCCACACCCAUGGCCACGCCCCAUGGGCAACCAGAGACGGGGUUGGGAUGGUCCUCCAAGAGCUCCAUGGUGGGGUUGGGAUGGUCCUCCAAGAGCUCCGUGGUGGGGUUGGGAUGGUCCUCCAAGAGCUCCGUGGUGGGGUUGGGAUGGUCCUCCUAGAUCUCUGUGGUGGGGUUGGGAUGGUCCUCCUAGAUCUCUGUGGUGGGGCUGGGAUGGUCCUCCAAGAGCUCCGUGGUGGGGUUGGGAUGGUCCUCCAAGAGCUCCGUGGUGGGGUUGGGAUGGUCCUCCAAGAGCUCCGUGGUGGGGUUGGGAUGGUCCUCCAAGAGCUCCGUGGUGGGGUUGGGAUGGUCCUCCUAGAUCUCUGUGGUGGGGCUGGG